GCUGGCCCCCGCGGAACUGGUGGCGGUGCCCGACCCCGCCGCCGCCGACACCCCCACCGCCAAGUCUCGACUGCUGGUGGGUCCCCGCGACAACCUGCCCGGCCUGCUGAACUUCGGUUGGCGGGUGGGGUGGGGGCAGUACUGGGUGGUGGCGGUGAUGCCGUCAAAUGACUCCAAACUGGGCUACGAUUGGGCCAUCGUCAGCGGCGGCGCCCCCGAGUUCGCCACCGCCAAGGGCUGUGUCAACGACGCGCCGCCUCUCAUCGACACCGGCCUCAACUUCGCGUCUAGCUUCUUCUCCUGGGUGAACUUCAACAUCCGCACCAAGGCCCAGCGUGUCGCAUCCAUCACCGGCGGCUCCUCCAGCGGCCUCUGGUUCCUGUCUCGCCAGCCCGUGGACCCCCAGGCCACCAAGGAGAUGGAACGUACGGCACGCGAUCUGGGUUUUGACACGAGCGUCAUGGUGGAUGUGGAGCAGGAGGGUUGCAAGUACGGGGGUGCACCCUCGCCACUGGAGGAG